AUGAUUAGUCGAAUAAGCUUACCACGAUACGCCAAUCGGGUGAGGUUCAGUGCUCGACGUACUGCCUCCGUCCCCAUUAUAUCACUCCGGAGCUACUCACAAUACAAUUACAACCAAACUUAUGCCAAUUACAAUCCGCCUCCGAAAACAUCAUGGUUUACCAAAUUACUUUACGCAACGCUAGGAGUAACUGUUAUUUCAGGAUACGCUUACUACAUGUGGUGGCCAAAGCAUACAUUCCCUAGUUCAGUAGCCAAGAUUUUGCGAAAGGGGCUCUGGGCCGAAAGUGAUCGUGGAGAACAUGAUUAUCAACUAGCGUUAAAAUAUUAUCUUGAAGCUUUGGAACAUUGCAAAGAAAUAGGAAUGGAUCCUUUGAGCGAUGAAUAUACUGGGGUUCAAUUGAAAAUUGGUGAAAUGUUUGAACGAUUAGGGAUGAUGAGUGAUGCGGCAUUUGUUUAUAAUGAAAUUGCCACGUUAUACUUGAGUGUAUUGACGGCAAAACCGGCUGAUUCGAAAGGUGCAGUGGGACUUGUGAGUAGAGAUUUGAGACGACAUUUGAUCCAAAAAGAUUUGAGAAUCGCCAUCAAGUUGGUUGAGUUGAAUAAGAGUAACCCAGCUUUAUGUAAAGCAAUCUUGGUUACUCAUUUGAUUAUUGCUCAAGAUGAAGUCAACAAAUUGGGCGGGUCUACAGGGAAAUUAAACUUGGUUACUAAAGUCAAUCCUGGUGAAGAGGGUAAGCAAGAACCAAAGAAGCUUACAGCAACGUUGGAUAACGAUACUAUUUUAAUUAAUGAUGAAUCAGGAAAGGAAAUUGCCAACAUCAAAAAGACACCUGAAGUUUGGGAACCUUUUACUGAUGAAUUUUUCAAUGCAAUGGAUUUGCUCAGUGCCAUUUGUAUUUCAACAGGUGAUUUAGCCAUGGCUUCAAAAGUGAAAAUCGCCAUGACGGAAUCCAUGCUUUUAGCUGAUGUUGAACCAGGAAAGAUGCUUUUAUCGCAAUGUAAUCUAGGUUCGUUGUUAUACAUGCAAGCAGAAGAGUUGGAAGCACAGGAAAUUACAUUAAAGAGGAAAUUUGCUCAACUUGCUGAUGUCGAUUAUUCAAAAUUGGCAAACGAUUCCUCCUUGAAACUGGAUCAAACUACACAAAAUAUUUUAAAGGACAAAAUACCAUCUCAUGAUCAAGAACUAUUCACAAAAGUGUCUCAAUCUCGACAAAUUUGCAUUCAAUUGGCAAUAAAAUCAUAUGAAUCAGUAUUACAAUUUGCCAAAUCAAUCCCACCGGAAAUCACUAAACAGCAUAAUGAAAUCAAUGAAACUGUGGCAUUGGCAACAUACGGCUUAGGGGUGGUGAAUCUCCAUUUAUCAAACUAUGAUAAAGCCGAACGAUUAUUACGUGAAUCUCGAGUUAGAUCAAGAUCAUGUGAUUACGAAUAUUUGAUCCCAGAAAUUGAACGUGAAUUGAAGAAAUUAUUUGAGGAGAGGAAAUUAGUACAACUGGGAAAGCCAGCUGAAAAGACUCUGCUGAAGACUAUCGAAAUGGAUAUUCAUUUACAAUAA